AUGAGUGAAUCCUUUGAGCCAAUUCAAGCAAAAAUCGAGGAUCUCGAUGAAAUUAUCGACUAUUUAUACUCGGAUUUUUUCAAAAAUGAUCCAUUGAGUAUUAUGAAAGUGCCAAGGGAAAUGAGUGAACCGACGACAAGAAGCGUUGUCACAAAGGGAAUCAAUGCCGGUUUCGCGUACUAUCUUCGAAAUGAAAACGGGGAAAUUGUGGCGUUGAGAAGUGCCACCAUUCGAACGAGAGAUGAACCGACUUAUAUUAAAACUGAUAAAGCCGAUGACAAGAAACAUCCAUUCAUGGAAUUCAAUCGAAAACUUUUCGAAAAAAUCUCUCUUUGGGACAUUUUGCCAUCAGAUGUGAACCGAAUUCUCUGGAUUUCAUUGAUAUCUGUUCGUUUGGAUUACACGAGACAAGGUUUGGCAAAGAAAUUGGUGACAUUUGAUAGAGAAGAAUGGAAGAGACAAGGAUUGCAAGCAGUUUGCGCCAUUGCUGCAGCGAUCAAAUCACAAAAGCUCUUCGUCGAGCAACUCGGUUUCAAAGUCGAAGCACAAUUGCUGCACACGGAGAUCUUGUCGGAUACAACGGGAGAACAAAUUGUGAAAUGUGUCGAUGGCACUGAUCGACAUCAACUUGUUCGACUCAUUUUG